CAAACACCGAAGUAAGAUUUAUCUAACGUAACCGUCCUCUUUCUUAACAUUCUAGGUGUGAACAUUACAUUCUGGUCCAGUUUGUUUGGCUCUUGCAUAGGACAUACACUUGCUUUCGGCUCAAGGGCUAAAUCCUCCAUGGGUUUGGUUGUCAUAUUUGUUGGUGUUGGCGAAAUAUUAGGCAGUGCUAUCACUAACUUGCGACGCUGGAUAUCAUCGACUGGACUGGCUACGAUCUUCGGCUAUAUUGGGGCCGUGCUUGGUGUGUUCUUCUGUCUUCUCAUGCUGCCUCCUGAUAGUCCGAUUCGAGAAACUGAGCGCCCAACUUAUAUUCAGCCGAGUGUGGAGCUCGGGAUGUUCGUCGCUGUCUUGUUUGGGAUGGUUGACGCUGUAUGGAACACUCAGAUGAGCGUCCUGAUAGGUGAUGUCUAUCGGUCAUGUCCGGAUGACAUCCCAGUGGCAUUUGCUUUAUACCGUUGCAUACAAUCCGUUCUCGCGGCGAUCACAUUUUCCUACUGUAACCAACUACUGCUCCAGUGGCAAGUGUUGAUUUACCUUCUUUGGGCAACAUUGGGCGUCGGUUGCUAUUUCUACGCCUCCUGGUUACAAUCUACCACUCAGUAAUCUGAUAUCCGGCCGUUCAGGAAGUAACUCAUUCGCCGAUCCGUGCUGUUAUUUUCUCCGAUGCUACAUCAACAACCUUUUUUCUGAUUUUUCAUUAAUAUUUUACUUUCCUUACACCAUGGACGGAAUUUGGAAGUAAUUUUGAACUUCUGUGUAAAAUCGUUUUGUUAUUUGAUGAUUUCAUUUUAUGAGAACAUGUGGCUCAGGCAGUCUCCAGUUACUGCUCCGAUGAUGUUUCCAUUUCAAUGCAACCCGGAAAUUUUUAUACAAGUUUUACAAACUUUCCAUUAUGCGAAGCUAGGUGGAUUUUGCUAAUGGAAGAACUCAUAAACACAGCUUAUUUUUGGUAUCCAAUGCUCUCUUUGAAUGUAUUUGUCUGACUACAACACAAAUCGUCCUGUCUAAUAAAAU